CAGUCGAACCGCUUGACAUAUUACGGUGGAAUCAAACUAUAUGUGUGGUAAACAAAACGACGACAAGAACAGCAGAACAUAACAAUCUGGUUUUUCCGGAGAAUAUUUCCCUUUUUUAAACACAUAAUUCAAUACGACAAUAAUUCAGGACUUGAAUUAAAACCACAUCCGCCGUCAUGUCUAUCGAAAUCGAAUCAGCCGAUGUUGUUCGAUUGAUACAACAAUAUUUGAAGGAGUCCAAUUUGAACAAAACUCUUCAAACAUUACAGGAAGAGACGGGCGUUUCACUAAACACAGUUGACAGUGUUGAAGGUUUUAUAUCUGAUAUCCACAAUGGACACUGGGAUACGGUGCUGAAAACAAUUCAAUCGCUUAAAUUGCCCGAUAAGAAAUUGAUCAAUCUGUAUGAGCAAAUUGUGUUGGAGCUCAUUGAACUGCGUGAACUGGGAGCGGCACGAUCAUUGUUGCGACAAACUGAUCCAAUGAUUAUGCUAAAACAACAUGAAGCUGAACGAUAUAUUCAUAUGGAAAAUAUGUUGCAGCGAGCCUAUUUUGAUCCACGUGAAGCCUACCCAAAUGGUAGCAGCAAAGAAAAACGUCGUGCAGCUAUCGCACAAGAGUUAAGCGGUGAAGUGUCAGUGGUGCCAUCAUCUCGUUUACUAGCACUGCUUGGACAAGCAUUGAAAUGGCAACAGCACCAAGGACUUUUGCCACCCGGCACACAAAUCGAUUUGUUCCGUGGCAAAGCGGCCAUUAAAGAUCAAGAAGAAGAAAUGUACCCCACACAAUUGGCUAGACAAAUCAAAUUCGGACAGAAAUCACACACCGAAUGUGCUCUCUUCUCGCCCGAUGGACAAUACUUGGUUACAGGUAGCGUCGAUGGUUUCAUUGAGGUGUGGAAUUUUACGACUGGCAAAAUUCGAAAAGAUCUUAAGUAUCAAGCAACCGAUAAUUUCAUGAUGAUGGAGCAUGCCGUGCUAUCGAUGACAUUUUCGAGAGACAGUGAAAUGUUGGCGACCGGUUCACAAGAGGGUCAAAUCAAAGUAUGGCGCAUUCUGACCGGCCAAUGUUUGCGCCGUUUCGAUAAAGCGCAUAUAAAAGGAGUGACCGCAUUACAAUUCAGCCGUGACAACGGCCAAGUCCUAUCGGCCUCAUUCGAUCAUACAAUUCGCUUGCACGGCCUUAAAUCCGGUAAAAUGUUAAAAGAGUUCAAAGGACACACAUCAUUCGUGAACGAAGUGUGUUUCACGGUCGAUGGUCAUAGCAUCAUAAGUGGUUCGUCAGAUGGUACCGUAAAGGUCUGGUCAGUUAAAACCACGGAAUGUACGGCCACAUUUAAACUGCUCGGAAAUGAGUUGGCAGUUAAUACGGUGUUGCUAUUGCCAAAGAAUCCCGAACAUUUCAUCGUAUGCAAUCGAUCCAAUACGGUGGUCAUCAUGAAUAUGCAAGGCCAAAUUGUCAAAUCAUUUUCAUCGGGAAAACGCGAAGGCGGCGCAUUCAUCUGUGCAACAUUAUCACCAAGAGGCGAAUUCAUUUAUUGUGCUGGUGAAGAUAUGGUGUUGUAUUGUUUUUCUGUAUCAUCAUGCAAAUUGGAGCGCACACUUAACGUGCACGAGAAAGAUGUAAUCGGUUUAACACAUCAUCCGCAUCAAAAUUUAUUGGCUACCUACAGCGAAGAUGGUUUGCUGAAAAUUUGGAAACCAUAAAAAUACGACAUAGUUUAAAUUUUAUUUGCAACACUCAUUAAAAACAAACAAACCAAUUCCCGACAAAA